CUUUGACUCACGGCAGUUCUUCUCUUCUCUCUCUGCAACCCCUCCUAUCGCUUUCUUCUCAUCCUCUCCUCCUGUCUCCUCCAGCGCCACCUUUACUACGUUCCUCCGUCCUUCUCGCCCUCGUCCUCUCUACAUCGACUGACCCAGACGCCUUUCCUGGUUCAGUCGCCUACAUUGAUCCCCAUUACCCCGCGAAACCUUUUUAUGCAACCAGAGCCCUCUGCAGUAUUUGACCGGACACAACCAGACCCCUCCUCCAACGAGUCGCACUCAAAUACCCAGCAUGGACAUGAUCUCUACGUCGACUCCCCAGGUUCCGGUCUUCUCCGUGAGACCGGAGGCCCUGAAACCGUCCAUGCCUCACCGCAGGGCGGGGAUCAAUCGCCCCUGAAUCCGGUAAUUCCCGGUUUGUCGACGCCACCCGGUGAUAGAGUUAGUCAGUAUGAGAACGCGAUGGGUCAAUCAUCCAAGAAGCAAGGCGAUUUUGAAUUCCAAAUGGUGCCUUCGUCGGCGCACUCGGACCUGUCCCUGGACAUUUUCCCGAAUGAGGUCUUGACUCACAUCCUUUCCCACCUGCCCCCGCCAUCGUUGUCAUCAAUCGCAUUGGUGUCACGUCGAUUCCACAGCUUGGUUACUACCCCUCAUGCCUGGCGGAUCGCAUUCUCCCGUUUCUUCCCCGGCCCGUAUACCACCGAAAAUGGAACUCGACUCAUUGGAUAUGAUCACCCGGACAAUCUGGCGUCCGACAAACGCUUCUUCUCCAGAUUGACUGCCUUGGCAUCGUGGCGAUCCGAAUAUAUUCUCCGAACGCGUCUCAUCAGGUCUCUUUCCAGGGGCAAGCCUGCUUCGUUCGAACCUUCAAAGAAGAAUGGAACUGUUCGCGCGGCAAACGUGCGCAACGGUAGUGCAGUCGCAACCUACACCUCGCAGCUGUUGUACCCCGUGAGCCACUUGCAUGGGGCAUACGGGACGGAAGUUGCCAAAAAGGAACCUCAUUUCAUCCAUGGAGCUUCGGAGCAGGGCAUCGCGUCGGCCAGUGACCCAUCGAGUGUCAAGGUUGGAACGUGGGGUCUCUCCGAUCAUCAGCUCUUCCGACACUUUGCGGAUUUGUAUCCAGGUGACGCGGAAUAUGGACUGGGUGCUGGGAACAUGGUUGGUUUGCCGAAUCAGAUGGACGUCAGCCAGCCGUACGGUAUGAUUUACGGCGAGGGAUGCCCGCAGGGUCGCAGCUAUUUUAUCUCGACCACUGAGCUCCGUGGGCGGUUUUUGGAUCUCACUGAGACCAGUUCGCAGCCACCGCUGGGCAUCCCGGCCUUAAAUAUGAUUACCACGGGCGUCACUGCUGUCUGGAUUGCCAAGUCUUCCCAUGUUCUCAAAGUGACCGGCGGGUUGGUGGGAAUGCUGUCUGGUACAUCCUCCGGUGUUCUUUCGGCCUUUUCACUGGGUCCCCAUCCCACGUAUGAAAAGCGAUUCGAGAGAGGCCAGGUUACUGCGAAAUGGGUUCUUUGUCCCGGGGUCCCCAUCAUUGCUAUUGCGGUCGAUGAUAACUACUCUCCUAGACGCCAUGCUCGCCGGCGCAUUUGGGCGACUGUCCUCAAUGCAUUGGGCGAGGUGUUCUUCCUCUCGGACUUGCCGCAGCAGCCUGAAGUUGGUUCGGCCAAGAUGAGCCCUGAAGAGAUGAACAUGCUGGCGUGGAAGACCGGAAGAAGUGUGAAUUGGGAGCUAGUUGAGCUGAGUAGGCGAACUGCCAGGCCGGACCCCUAUAGCCGGGAGCCCGUUGAUGGCAGCUACAGCCCCCGAUCAUCCUGCGAUGCGAUGAAGUUAAGUCAGGACCAGAUUGCGGCAGAGACCAAAGAAAUAGAGCAAUUUCUGUCAUUCAAACCGAAGCAUUUCCGCAAAGUCUGCGAAGGGUGGGACAUGAGACGCGAUUUGUUAGUCGAUUUUGCCGGCGAUGACACUCACGGCGCUGGCGAGUCCAUCGCUGUCAUUGCUCGCGGCAUCGGGGAGCAAGAGAAAGCAUCGAUACGGCGGUACAUGCGCAAAGCAUCAACGUCGGCUUUGCCUUCGCACCAUUCGAGCAAUCAUGUUGCUGUUGGAAUUGCUCCGUCGACUCUUUUCGGUGGCUCUACCACCCCCAGUAUUUCAGAGAAAUCUGAAAGCCUUCCGCCAUCCAGAGCGUCCGGCCGCUUGAACGAUCCAGUGUUUUGCGCCUCGAAUACCGAGUGGCGCAUCUCUGACUUUGUCUUCGGUGAUCGCAAAUCUGUUCAGAUCACCGCCAGUGCUUUGGAUUUGUCAACGUAUGCAUCAGUGACAGCCGAGGAAGAUCCCCUUCUUGGGAUGUCUGGCAGCUCGGCAGACUCGUCGACUGUAUCUUCACCGCUUCCGCACAUGAAGCAACCGUCUUCGCAUCUGGAGAUCCCUGGACAACGGGGUCGGUACAUGGCUGUUGGCACCAACUCUGGCCUUGUCAUGGUUUGGGACAUUCGAUCUCCCACCGCCAAGAACUCCGAAGUCAUCAACUCCAUCAAUCCAGUACGGAUUAUCCAGACCGAGUCGCCUCAAGUUUCAUGUGUUGCAAUGUCGUCUCUUUACCUUGUGCAUGGUGGAAACGAUGGACUCGUGCAGGCCUGGGACCCCCUCGCGUCGUCUGCACGCCCCAUUCGGACCAUCAAUUCUCGAUUUUCUUCCCGCGCUCGUCGUCGCCUGAUCCAGGCCGAGGCAACUCUUCAUGGCGUCGGGAAUAAUUUCUACGCUACAGGGGCCAUUUCCCUGGACCCAGAUCCGACCGUCCUUCGGGGAAUGGUCGCUCUCGGGACGCACCUGCGUUACUGGUCGUACAGCUCUUCUACUGCCGACCAGUAUAAAACCAGUAAGCGUCGCUUGCGUCGUGGUCCCAAGGGUAUGAACUCCACCGCGGAGGGUCAGCGGUUCAACAACAGUGGCCGCGGGGCUAUAUACGACCACAUCGAGGACGAGAAGGUGGAGAUGAAACGACAAGAAGUUGCAGAUCGGAAGGAGAAAGCACACCUAAGCAACCGGUUUGGUGUUGAUCUCUUGGGUCCAGAUGUUGACGAGGACCAAGUUAUCGCAUACGCCCGACUCCUGAGCGAGGAGGCUUUUGCCAGCGAGGCCCUCAAGCGCGGCAACAUGGGCGCUAGCUCUAUCGUUAGUUCACCUUCGUCCAGUGAUACCGUUGGUCGGCGCGACAGCUCCUUCGCUCCUGAUGAACUUUCAUCUUCUUCAUCUCCGUAUGAGGAUCCCGUAGGUGACGACCUGGCUCCCGAUAUCGCCGAAGCUAUCCGGUUGAGUUUACUUGACGAAGCACCGAAAUCUUUCGAGUCCGAUCCUUUCAUCUCCAACUCGUCUAGUGACUGGCAGGGUCAUCAUGACGACUAUUCUUCCCCGUCGCCGGAGUCGGGGGUGGGCGAAAGCAGCCGUGAGCAAGAACUGACUGAUCUUGAAUUUGCCAUUCAGUUGAGUCUGGCGGAGACACAGCCCCAGGAGCAGGAGGAAUUUCCGUCCCUUCCCAUGUCUAGUUCUCCAGAUAAGAGCAAGGGCAAGGGCAAGGGUCGCGCUUUGUAAUCUUUUAUUUGAUUUGUCGUUGAACUUUACCAUUGUGAUUCUGUGUAGUUCAUGUCUCUUAUAUCUCGGUUUGACAUUUCUCAUAAUGCAUUCGUAUAUGUUUUCCAUUGAAAUGGCCUGUUUUCCCUGUGGCCCAACUUAGCU